AUAAAAAUAGAAGAAGACGCCAAACAAAUCUCUCAAGCACAGGGAGAAAGCAGCUGUUAAUGUCGGCGGGGGACUGAAGCGCACACACCCAUAACCGUACCCACAACUCCUCCUAUCUCUCUCCGCCUCGGCAUCUGCCUUAUUUACUUUGAAAAUCAAUUAAGUAGCAGUACUAGUGGCAAGAGGAGGACACGAAUAUAUUAUUAAUAAAUCCUGACACCCUGUUCACCAGCUUUAAGGGGGGGAAAAAAACGGCCACGCAUUUUCUUUUUCCAUUAUAGUUUAGUCGACUUGAUGGAUAAGUAGUUGGAAGUGAGAGUGAAGGAAGUGAGAGAGAAGGCAUAAAGAAAGAAAGAGAGUGGAUUUUUUUUUAUUGAAGUCAAAACGGUUACGACGACGACGACAUUGUGUUUUGAGAUCUAUGAAGAAGAAGAGUCCUCGGCGCUGGAGAUUCCGGUUGUUAAUUAAUCAUCAUGUAUUUAUGAGUUGAAGAAAGUAAAUGUGCUUGUUUGUGAUAUAUAUGUAACCGAAGAAGGAGAAGAUUUGAUUGAUUGUAAGAGCAAGAGCAAGAGCAGAUCGAUCGAUCAAGAGAAAUGGAGUCUCGAAUGGAUCAGUAUGAGAUCAUGGAGCAGAUCGGCCGGGGUGCUUUUGGUGCCGCUAUUCUUGUGAAUCACAAAUCCGAGAAAAAGAAGUAUGUGUUGAAGAAGAUCAGGCUUGCAAGGCAAACCGAGAGAUGCCGGAGAUCUGCUCACCAAGAAAUGGCGUUGAUUGCGAGAAUUCAGCAUCCGUACAUUGUAGAAUUUAAAGAAGCAUGGGUUGAGAAGGGUUGCUAUGUUUGUAUUGUUACGGGAUAUUGUGAAGGUGGAGACAUGGCUGAAUUGAUGAAAAAAUCGAAUGGCGUGUAUUUUCCUGAAGAAAAACUCUGCAAGUGGUUCACUCAACUACUGUUAGCGGUGGAAUAUUUGCAUGGCAAUUUUGUUCUACAUCGGGACCUCAAAUGUUCCAACAUAUUUCUUACUAAAGAACAGGAUGUUCGCCUUGGGGAUUUUGGACUUGCUAAGACUCUGAAAGCAGAUGACUUGGCUUCCUCGGUGGUUGGAACUCCUAAUUACAUGUGUCCUGAACUGCUUGCAGAUAUUCCGUAUGGUUUCAAAUCAGAUAUUUGGUCUUUGGGGUGCUGUAUGUAUGAGAUGGCUGCUCGUCGUCCUGCCUUUAAAGCUUUUGAUAUGGCAGGAUUGAUAAGCAAGAUAAAUCGUUCCUCUAUUGGCCCUUUACCGCCUUGCUAUUCUCCAUCUUUGAAAACACUCAUUAAAGGCAUGCUGAGAAAGAAUCCUGAGCAUCGUCCUAGUGCAUCCGAGAUCUUGAAGCACCCAUACCUGCAGCCUUAUGUUGAUCAAUACCGUCCAUCGUUCAGUCCUCCAACAUCCUUAUCUUCUGAGAAACGUCUUCCUAGAAGUCGUGAAUCCCGAAGAAGUAUGGCUGAAAGCCAGAACAGUAAUAGUUCUAGUAGUGAUAAGGAUAGUUUGCUUUCAAGUGAACGAAAUAUCCCAGCAAUGGUCUCAAAUUGUGACAAUAAAGCCACCGAUACAGAUUUAGCUUCUUUUGAUGAUGAAGAUGGCGCUGAACAGCCCAUGCCAUGUGAAGAAGAAAACAAUCUCAAUGUUCGCAUUGUCAAAAUGAAUGAACAGAGGGUGAUGAAGCCAUGUCAUGAUGAAAUUGGAUGCAAUGUUGAACCAAAGCAACCAAAAACUAUCAAAAGUAUUAUGAUGGCCUUAAAAGAAGGAAAACCUAGAGAAAAUGGUUCCCCUAUGAGAGGAAAUCGUACAAAGACUGGAAGUGCAUCAACCCAAAGAAAUAACAUAGAAGCAUCACCGAAAGUUCUUAGACCUAAUGCCCUUGCUUCUGGUUUAAAGUUUAAUGCAGAUACGCCAACUGUUGCACCUGCAAAAGCAGCCUUGGAUUCUGCAAAGCAGAUCCAGGGAUCACAUCCUAUGAAACACCAGUUACCUAUAAUUGAGUCCUCACCAAAGACUAAACCCAGAUAUGAUGGGAUUCCUCCAGCUGGUCCAAGUAAACAUGUUGAUGAUGGACUUGCUGUGAAGCCAAGGCAAAGAACCCCUCCUAAUCUGUUCCAGCGAUCUUCAUUUCCUGGAAGGACAACGCAAAUAGGAGCUGGUGUUCCAAAUGGAAACAUGAAGUUGUGUCCAACUGAGACAAACGAAGAACCUGAAAGUACUUCUUACCAAGUACCUGAUGGUCGCCCAUACUCCUCCGAGGAGGUAUCACCAGAGUCUCAAAGGGCUCUAGUUGGAGCUUGCAAAGGAAUGCAGACAGAAAGCAGUAAUUCUGUCUCAUCUUCAGUGUCAAUUCAAGCUUUUGAGCUUUGUGAUGAUGCAACAAAUCCGUUUGUUGCCAUGCCUGAACAGACACCUCCUAAUCAUGAGGCAGUGAUCUGCACAGAAAACUUGGAACAUUAUCCACCCAGCUGUUCUCCUGCUACGACUUCAUAUUCUGGCAUGUCUGAAAAUAUGUCUGGGGAAAACAGUGAAUGUGGUCAUAAAUCCACACUAUACUCAGUGGAAGCAUCGAAUGUUGUCGUAGAUCUUCACAAGAAAACCAUUGUUGGUGAUGGGAGAGAGGUUGAAAGUAGUGCUCUGAAUCCGACUGCCCCAAGUUCGGAAGAAAUAUUUAUUUGUGAAAAUAAUACCCAAUUAAGCAGGCUAAGUGCUAUCCCUGAGACGGUGCCCCAAUCAAAUCUUAUAUCUGCAUCUGGUGGUGAUGACAAGUUCACAGUAAGAGAACUUCUAUCAUCAGUUUCAGAAACCACCACUUCCAUUACCUCACCAAUUUCAACUGGCCAAAAGAAUAUGCAGCCAGAAAAAGCUAUGAUUUUACAAAAUUCAACCCCUGAGAAGCCUGCUGCUGCCCAUCUGUCUCCUGCUUUUGACGAUGUAAUACAUGUUAUACGGCACAGUAGUUUUCGGGUUGGGAAUGAGCAGCCAGUUAUGGAAACUGUGGAGAUGGGGGUUCAAAAUGUGGAUGUUGGAAAGCUAUUAAAUGUAGUAAGAGAUGAAUUGGAGAUGAGAAAUGUGAGUACAGCAGUGACUCUUAAAUCAUCAAAUUGCUCUGAAGCAGUGAGUUUGAAAUCAAGUAUUUCUGAUCAUUCCGGCACUAAAGAAAUCGAUUUGAGAAACGAAAUUGCAUCAGCUCCACAAUCUGAUAUUUCUGAGCUACCAAAACCCAACUCCUCUAUUAGUGAAGAGGAAGCACCGGCAAAGGAAACUUUGGAUGUUAAGUCUUUUAGGCAGAGGGCAGACGCACUAGAAGGACUUCUAGAACUGUCUGCCGAGUUGCUUCAGCAAAGCAGAUUAGAAGAGCUUGCAGUUGUUUUGAAACCUUUUGGGAAAGAUAAAGUCUCUCCAAGGGAGACAGCUAUCUGGUUAGCAAAGAGCCUGAAAGGAAUGAUGAUCGAGGACAGUGGACGGAGUUCAUGAAUCAUGAUAUCCAUGGUAAGUGUGCCUCUAGUUUAAGUGCAUUGACAUUUGCCAAGUAAUUUUAGCCUUCUGUCAUCAUUUCGCACAUUCAAGUUGUGUUGAAUUUUUCACACAGAACAAGCAAGCCUUGUAUUUUCCCCCCCCUCACUUUUUGCAAUUCUUUCUUUCCACUUCGUUAUUGUACAUAGUGACCAUACAAAUUGAAUAGCAUUGUCACCUAGACAACUACUGUAUGGAAAUGCUGUGUUAAUUGUUUAAUGUAAGUGCAAAUGUUGUUAAUGCAAGUUGAUAGAUAGUUUUGGUUGAUAAA